GGGAUUCUACAGGAGUGUCCUUUUCCUGUCUCCUGCUCCACCCACCUUUGCAUAAAGUCUCUACCCCAGGAAGGCUCCAGAAAGAGGAGCCAGGGAGUAGUAGCUGAACAGACAGACACCAUGUCCUUCUCUAACUCAGAGCCUGGCCAAAGCCUGGCUGCCUGUGGCGUGGGUAGCUCUCUACCUAUGCAGCUGCUGCUAUUUCUUCUGCUGUUCCCAUCUCUUGGGCAAGGGGUUCCUGAGUGCCCCAGGGCCUGCAACUGUACCUUGCCACUCGAUAGCACAUCAGCCACCUGUGGUCCCCUGGACAGCUUCCCCAAGGGCCUUCCUGUGGGCACUACUUACAUUUCUGUAGAAUAUACCAACCUCUCACAGCUCUCAAGUGAUGCCCUCAGGGGCCUCCCUAAUCUCCAGGAAUUGCACCUGGCUGGCAAUAGGAUUGGCAGCUUGAGCUCUGGGCUCCUGACAUCCACACCCACCCUGGAGGUGCUGGACCUGACAGGUAACGCCUUGUCUGAGCUACCCAGUGGACUCUUCAGAAACUCAGAAGCCCUCCACUCCUUGGUGCUGAAAGGAAACAGACUAGAGACUCUCAAGGUGGACUGGUUGGAGGGUCUGGUGACCUUGAGCUGGCUGGAUGUGUCUGCAAACCAGCUCCAGAGGCUGCCCCCAGAUCUGCUCCUCAACCUUACCACCCUGAAGACCCUGGACCUGUCUGAUAACAUGUUGCUGGAGCUGCCCCCCAGUCUGCUGAAGGGCCUCCCCCACCUGGAAAGGCUUCACCUGCAGGGCAACCAGCUCCAGACUUUGACUGAGGGCACUUUUUCUGCUAACCCAUGCCUGGGUUACCUUUUCCUUCAGGGAAACAGGCUCAACAACCUGCCUUCCAGCAUCUUCAGCUCCCUGCAUGAGCUGGCUAUGCUUGACCUGUCCAACAACUCACUGGUGCAGGUCCCCAAUGGGCUGUUGGAUAAGGCGGGGCAGAUGAAGGAUGGCUUUGAUCUCUCAGAGAAUCCUUGGCAAUGCGAUGAGAAGCUAUGUGGCCUCUACCACUGGCUUUUGAACAACCAGGACAGAAUGUUCUUCAAGAAUAACACCCUCUGUGACAGCCCCAAAGACCAAGCAGGCCAGAGGCUACUGGAAGUGGCUAAGAAAAAAGUCUGUCCCAAUCAAUAGGUCCUUUAGGACACAACACAGGGCUCUCCCUUCUCAGCUUUGCUCUAAGCACACACCCCUUACACACUCAGCAGCCUGAACUCACACCCCACCACCAGCCCCAGGCAAAGCUUUACCAAAAGUUCUCAUCCCCACAGUUCCCAGGCCCUUGGACCUGACAGACCCACAGUCUCCCCUUCCCCCAAAGCUUCCUUCAUUCUCCUCUAUCCUGAAUGACAAAUAUUCCAUCAAUAUUGAUUGAGCAGGACAGCUAGAUGGCGCAGUGGAUAGAGCACCGGCCCUGGAGUCAGAAGUACCUGAGUUCAAAUCCAGCCUCAGACACUUAACACUUACUAGCUGUGUGACCCUGGGCAAGUCAAUUAACCCCAAUUGCCUCACUAAAAAAAAAAAAAAAUUGAUUGAGCGUCUCUUGCUUGGCACUCCAAAAUCAUACCCCAGUCAGCAGGAUUGCCCUACUCUUCCAUUUUCAUUGGUGAUGUAAGCUCUCAUAGGAAAUUAAUCAAAUAAGAAUCCAGAGAUAAAGGGAGAUUGUUGAGAGAUGGUCCUUACUCAUUUGAUCGGACUCUUAAGGAAAUGAUGUCUCCAUGGAAACAUUCACUCACCUUUUUUUAGGCAUUAGGAGUUAUGUAGGAGACUUUCAGAGAGGCGGGUUUCUGUGCAAUUAGAUUGUGAGAUCCUGGAAGCCAAGGACUUUUGCCUCUUUUUGUAUCCCCCAGCACUUAGCUUGCUGCCUGGCAUAUAUAGUGGGCACUUAAUAAAUGCUUACCAACCUCCUAACAGAAGUGUUCUAAAGUAAAACGAGCCACCUUGAAUGUUGGAGUAUUCAUUCCAUCAUAGGAGAUCUGGUGGGUGCUCAAUGACCAUUUCCCUAAUUGGGUUCCUGUCUUUUAGUCCCUCCCCUCUCCAGUCUAUCCACCAUACACACAGAUGCUGAAUUAAUCUUCCCAAAGUAUACUUCUGACACCAUCACUCUCCUGCUCAAAAGCCUUUAGUGGCUCCUCCUUACUCAUAUGCUAAUAAACAGUAUCUGGAAGCCUGGCAUUCAGCGUCCUCCACCCAAGGCACCUUUCCAGGCUGAUUUCACAUGUCUUUAGGCAUUUUAAAUUCAGCCAAGCUAGCAUGCUAGCUUUCCCCCAAAUUCCAGUAUCCAUCUUCCAUUCCUGUGCCUUCACAAAGGUUAUCCCUGGUCUGGCAUGUACUCCCUCCUCUCCUCCAACUCUGGGAAUCUGCUGGGCUCAACUGAAGUGCUGCCUCCCCUUUCAUAUUAGUGGUUGUUUUCUAUCACCUCAAAUUCUCUUGUAUUUACUUAUCUGUGUACUGUCAGAUUCGCCCAAUAGAAUGUAACCUUCUUGAGGGCAAGCAUGAUUUUCUUUUUUUUUUUUUUUCUCUUUGUAGUACCAGUACCUAGCACAUAGUGGGGUCUUAACAAAUGUUUGUUGACUAAUUGGAGGAAUGUUGUAAAGGGAAUUCUUCUUCUGGUACAAAUUGGGCAAGAUGAACCCUGAAGUCACUUCUAGUUCUGAGAUUCUAGGAAAAUUGAGAUGAUUUUCCCUCUUCUGUUGGGCCAGUGGAUUUUAGCUGGAAUCUGGAUCUUGGAGUACAUUUAAAUGAAGUAGAGCUGUGACUUUAAAAAAGAAAAUUGCUCUGGCUUAUAUAGCCAUUAAAUAAAUAUUUUAAAGUUUCUGUGCCACUUGGGAAUACGCUUCAACCAACAUGUAUGCCCCAAAACAAGCUUACUCCAGGCUCUUCAGAAUCUGUGUGUUCAUAGCCAUUCCAAACUAUGGCAUAUAAACCCCCACCCAUGUGUUUACUCUUACUAGCCAGACAGAGGAAGCAAUUAAUUCAACUCAAAGGCAUUAGAUAAAAUAGCAGUGAGAAAAGUCGCAAUAGAAUGGUUCUCCCAUAAGCCUAGGGCACACUCUCUUACAAAUGCACAUACCAUUAAGGAGGUAAACAAACUCAUACUCUUGGAAUGCAUGUGACCAGAAUGCACACGUGGAUGGGCAUGCACAUGGGAAACAUGCGGCCAGGAAACUUGUGCAUCUAACACUACAUAGAGCAAUAGGUAGAGAGCAGGACUUUGAACUCUACUAGAUCUGGGUUAGAUAUGCAUUCAAACCCUGCUUCUGACACUGUCUUGGGUGGGGGGGAGAGAAGUAAUAAAAAUUUAACACCCCUUUCAAUGCUUUAAAUAGCAUUGAGAUGGGAAGGGGGGCAGCUAGGUGGCACAAUGGAUAAAGCACUGGCCCUGGAUUCAGGAAGACUUGAGUUCAAAUCCAAACUCAGACACUUGACACUUACUAGCUGUGUGACCCUGGGCAAGUCCUUUAACCCUCAUUGCCCCACAAUAAAAUAAAAUAAAUAGCAUGGGGGGAGGAACACUUCAGGGUCAAUGAUACAGUCAUAUUGCUCCUCUUAUCCCUGAUUCCCAUUCUCCAUUAGGCAAAUUGUUGGCUUCAUUGGGCAUAUUAAAGAUGGUAUGUAGUCUCUGACA